AUGACAUCUUUUAUUGAUAGUCUUGCAGCUAGUGAAAAAGCAGUAAUUGUUAUUGAUAUUGGACAAGCUUAUACAAAAUUUGGUUUUGCGGGAAGUUCUUCACCUCAUCAUAUUAUUCCAACUCGUAUAAUAAUCGAUGGAAAAACAAAAUCUGUCUUUGAAUAUAAUUCUAAUUCAAUGAUGUCGCAUGAUGAUCGUCUCACUGAAUUAAUUCGGUUAAUAUUUUAUAAAUAUAGUCUGAUUAAUUGUCGAGAUCGACGUAUUGUAAUUGUUGAAUCAGUAAUUACACCUACACGUAUUCGACAUUUAUUAGCCGAUAUUUUAUUAAAACAAUUUGAAGCAAUAUCUUUAGUAUUUAUACCAUCACAUUUAAGUGCAACAUGUACAUCAGGUCGAAACACAGCACUUGUUCUUGAUGUUGGCUAUAAAGAAACUCAAAUCAUGCCUGUUGCUGAAGGUAUACCAUUGGCAAUACAAUUUGAUAGUUUAUCUUGUGCUGGUCAAGCUAUUCAUAAAGAAUUUGCAUGUGAAAUACUUUUUGAAGAAAAUAUUGAUGGAAAAUCAAUUGUAACAUUGAUACUUGAUACUUUACUUCAAGCGCCAAUUGAUCUUCGACAACAAUUAGCUGAUAAUAUUUUAAUUAUUGGAGGUACAGCAAUAAUGCCAGGUUUUCUACAUCGAUUCAAUGCUGAAUUAAAUUAUUUAAUUAAUCAAUCACCUUAUAUUAAUCGAUUAGCUAUCAAACAAUUCAAAUUUCAUUCUCCACCUGGUCAAUUAAAUUAUAUCGCUUGGUUAGGAGGAUCAAUUUUUGGCGCACUAGAUACAUUAGAAGAUCAAUCAAUUACACGUAGUAAAUAUUUGGAGAAUGGAAUUGUACCGGAUUGGUUUACAGGCGAAUCUAUAUGA